AUGCCUCUCUUCAUGAGGGUCAGCACCACAGAUUGGAUGGAAGACACGGAAAUUGGCAGACGUCUAGGCAGCUGGGACCUGGAGAGUACCAUCCGUCUUGCAAAGAUGCUUCUUGAUCUGGGCGUCGAUCUCCUCGACCGCCAGGCGAAAAAACUCCUUAUCGGCUUAGUGGGCGAGAUUACAGGGGCAAGGCAAGCGCAAGGUCUGGUACACGAGGUGGCGGGCAUGGCCAACAACGAUGUGAUCUUCGUUGGUCGGCAAUUCUUGAGGGACGGAGGCUGGGUGUUGAAGGUUGCCGAGGAGCUUGGUGUGGAGGUCGCCUGGCCGACUCAGAUCGCGCGGCCUCAGAUUCAAGAGCAGACCAUCGUGUCAAAGAUGUAA